AUGCUCAGAUCCAGGACGCUCGCUUGUGGACUGCGGCCCCGCCGUGUGCUCCGCCCUCUCUACGAUGCGCAAGUAACAAGCCUCUACUCAAGUCACGCCCGUGAUCAGCAGCGUGCUGCUUCGUCUGCGUGGGACUCCAUCAAGAAGAUCGCGCUCGUCGCUACAGCAGGCGCUGCGUUAACUACUGCAGGACUUCUCACGACCACAGCACACAGCCAACACGAGCACGAAUUUGUCAACUGGUCGGCUACGCACAAGUGCCGCCCCAAGCAAUUCCACGUACCUGAGACAGUCGAAGAGGUUGAGGAGCUCCUCAAAAGGUACCAUGACAAGAAGCAGAAGCUGCGAUGCAUGGGCGCUGGCGUCUCGCCCAAUGGACUGGGCUUCUCGGACAAUGUGGCAAGCAGAGAGGCUAUUCAUGAAGACCUCAUGACGCUCGCGCUGCUUGACAAGAUCCUCGACGUGGACAAGGAGAAGAACCAGGUGACGGUCGAGACCGGUAUGAUUGUUGGCAACUUGCUGGACAAGCUGCGCCAGCACGACUUGACCAUGCAGAACGUUGCAUCGAUUCGUGACCAGCAAGUGGGUGGCAUCUGUCAGGCUGGAUGUCAUGGAACUGGAGCAGCCAUUCCGCCCAUUGACGACCAGAUCGUCGAGAUGGAAAUUGUGACGCCGGCCAAAGGGACGAUGAAGCUGAGUGCUACACAGAACCCAGAGCUCUUUGCACUAGCAAAAUGUGGCCUUGGCGCGCUCGGUGUUGUUACUAAAGUGACGCUGCAGUGCGUGCCCAAGCACAAGCUGAUUGAGAAGACUACUGUGAUGACGCUCGACGAGAUCCGGAAGAACCACACCCGCUGGCUCGUCGAGUUUCAGCACCUACGCUACAUGUGGAUCCCGUACACUGACGCUGUUGUCGUAGUGCAAUGCCGUCGUGCACAAAACGACGAACCUCUCGAUGAAAAGCGCUUUCCGCCGGUGAAAAACAGUGACGAGGUACGUAUGGAGGUUCCCAGGAAGUUGUAUUUAGAGCUGACCAAGGGGAAGCCAGAGCCAGACUAUCUCGAUUGGAGCUUUACGAAAAUGCGUGAUAAACUUCUCGAGAUCAACCCGCUGAACAAGCAGCACGUCAUUCGCGUGAACGAGGCGGAAAAACAGUUUUGGAAACUUAGUGAAGGCUACCGCGUCGCGUACUCGGACGAUAUCAUUGGCUUUGACUGUGGUGGCCAACAGCUUGUGGAGGAGGUCUCAUUCCCGUGCGCCGGCACAUUGGAGCUGGACUUUAUGGAGAAGCUUCUCAAGCGCAUUGACGAGGAAGACAUCCCAGCGCAUUCCCCGAUCGAGCAGCGCUGGACAGCUCGCAGCACGUCUUUGAUGAGUCCUGCGUCGUCGAGUAAUCCGGACCAGAUCUUCUCGUGGGUGGGUGUCAUCCUGUACUUGCCAACUGCAGAGAAGGAGGUUCGUCAGUCAAUCAGGAACAGCUUUAUGGAUUACUACGCCUUGUACCGCGACUUCAUGGAACCCUAUGGAGCAAUAGAGCACUGGGCAAAAAUUGAGUGGCCCGAGGAUGCUGUCGAACGCCAGAAGAUGCACGAUCGUCUAAAAAAGAGGUACCCUCUUGACAAGUUCAAGAAGGCUCGCGACGAGGUGGACCCGCAUCACAUCCUUUCAAACCACAUCAUCGACGAGAUGUGUGCCGAGUAG